AUCGGCCUGAGCGCCUCAGACAAGAACAUCGCACCUUCCAUGCGCUAACCCACCACUCCGCUCCUACCUCACAACGUCACUGCCGCCAUGUCGACACCAACCUCCACCUCCGCCCUCCCACAACCCACCUCCGCCUCCAAGAAGUCCGCGCAUUCCACCAACGCAGCAGUAACCACACCCUCCACCCUAGGCGUCUCUCCCGCCCCGCGCAGCGUCCCCUCUCCCGCCGCGACUCGACACACCGCGAAAACGCCCACGAGUAAGAAUGCCACCGGAGGCACGCCAAUGGUCGCCGGGCUAUCGCAAAGCGGCAUGAGUUUCUCGUCGCCAGCGGGAGGCACAGGGCCCGCACCAGGCGGACAAGGAGGCAUUGGCACGGGACUUUCGAUGGGAAGUUUUGGCGGCACACCGAAUAUGGGCGGACUGGGAGGACUGGGACUUGGAUUGGAGAUGGGUGGCACGCCUGGACAUGGAAUGAGCGGGCAGACGCCUGUUGGAGGAGUGGGUAUGAUUCCUACGAUGAGCGAGUUGGGUUUGACGAUUAGUGGAGG